GUAAAAGAAUCCAAUGUGUACAGCAAGUGAUUUAGCCUUUCCAAGCUAUGCUUACUUCCACACACAUGGGGCAAGGAUACAAACUGUUGGAUGAGUUCUCUGCUUGUUACUGUAACAGGGCAUUCUAUGAUCUGCAAGUUAGGGGCACAAUCCAAGCCUCACAUGGUUAAACCUGGGAUCUCUGAAAGGUUUGCAGAAGAACUGUUUUGCAACCCAUCCUAGCUCUGCCUCCUGGGGAGAAGAGGGUGUUAGCCUUGAGGACAAGUUUUAGAGAACUGUCUUGUCUAAGCAAUUCCCCUCCACAGAUCUACCCCCAAGGAUGAUACUAAUGAGAAGACUCUGAUGACCCUUAUAAUUAGUAUGCCUGUGUUAAACAAGUGUUGGUUCUACAAAUAGGAAACCCACCUAUGUCUUGUUGCUAUGAUUGUCUGUCUAGCACUUUACCUGCACUCCCUGUUCCUGGUGGCAGUAGGACAGACCAUCCCAGAAGCAGAUUCUCCAAGUUCUGUCCCGGAUUCCGAGGGUGACCUUCUCUUCCUUCUGGAUAGUUCGGGAAGUGUCUCGUACCAUGAGUUUGCUAAAGUCAAGGAAUUUAUUGGGGAUCUUCUGGGUCCAUUUACCUUUGGUCCACAAGAUGUCCAGGCAAGCAUUGUACACAUCAGCACUGAACCAUCUCUGGAAUUUUCCUUUGACCAACAUGGUUCUAGCCAUGAGAUACAAAAAGCCAUACGGGACACCAAACAGCGUAUGGGUGAUACAAAUACAGGAAAAGCCAUUUCUUAUGUUAAGGAUAACCUCUCAGCUGGAACAUUUGGAUCUAGGGCUGAUGUUCCAAAAGUAAUGGUAUGGGUAACAGAUGGUCUGUCCACAGAUGACAUCUCUAAAUCUAUGCAAUUUCUCAAGGAUUUAGGUGUUACAGUUUUUAUUGUAAGCACUGGUGGGGGAAACUACUUGGAGUUAUCAGAAGCAGCGAGCCAACCGUCUGAGAAACACCUUCACUUUGUAGAUGUGGAUGACCUCCCUAUAAUUACUAAGGAGCUUCGGGACUCCAUCAUUGAUCUGAUCCAUUCGAAAAGGCUCCAUGCUUCUGAUAUAACCACUACGAGCUUUAGACUAACAUGGCCACGGUUGUUGAUGCAGAGAGAAGAAAGUUACACUUUGGAUUAUUCACUACAAUCUGACAAACGCUGGAGUGUACAGAAAAUUCUGACGGCAGAUCAGACUGGCGCAUUAGUGGACAACCUAACCCCUAAUACCACCUAUUGGAUUACACUCACUCCCGAAUCCAAUAUUCAGUAUUUCCACCCACAAACUAUAAAAGUUACCACUCUCCAUGAACCGAUCCAAGAAAUAUCACUGCAGGUGAACAAUGUAACAACUACCAGCUUUGAGCUGACCUGGCCAGGACUGCUGUCUCCUCUUAAAGAUGAAAAUUACCUUCUAGAGUAUUCUCUGGAAACUGACACAAGUAGAACUAUACAGAUGGUUUUGUCUGGAGACCAGACUAGCAUGGUACUGAGCAACUUAACCCCGAAUACCACGUAUCGGGUGAAACUUACUCCUAAAUCCAACUUCCGUUUAGUCCGACCACAAACGAUCCAAGUCUCCACUCUCCCAGAACCGAUCCAAGAAAUAUCAUUGCAGGUUCAUGAUGUAACAACUACCAGCUUUCGGCUGACCUGGCUAGGCCUGCAGUCUCGAGUUAAAAUACAGAGCUUCCUUUUGGAGUAUUCCCUGGCAUCUGACACAAGUAGAACCAUUAAGGAGAUUUUGCUUGGAGAUCAGACUAGUACGGUACUGGCGAAUUUAACUCCAAAUACAACAUAUCGGGUGACACUCAUUCCUAAAUCCAAUGUGCAUACAAUCCGGCCACAAACGAUACACGUCUCAACUGUGCCAGAACCAAUUCAAGAAAUAUCACUGCAGGUUCAUGAUAUAACAAGUACUAGCUUUCGGCUGAGCUGGCCAGGCUUGUUGUCUCAAGUCAAAGGAGCAAGUUACAUUUUGGAAUAUUCAGUGGAAUCUGAAAAUAGUAGGACUAAACAGGAUAUUUUGCCCGGAGAUCAGUCUAGCACAGUACUAAGCAACUUGACUCCGAACACCAGCUAUCGAGUGACACUCAUUCCUAAAUCCAACGUACGCAUAAUCCGGCCAAAAACGAUACGAGUCUCCACUCUCCCAGAACACAUUCAAGAAAUACCACUGCAGGUUCAUGACAUAACAACUACAAGCUUUCGACUAACAUGGCCACAGCUGUUUUCGUCUUCAAUUAAUGAAGAGUUUUACCUAUUGGAAUAUGCACCGGAAUCUGACAUAUGGAGGACUAUACGGAAGAGUUUAUCUGGAGAUCAGACUAGUGUGGAACUGGGGGAUUUAAACCCAAAUACCAUCUACCGGGUCACACUUACACCUAAAUCCAGCAUCAUCAAUAUCCGACCCAAAACAAUACUGGUCUCCACUCUCACUGAACGGUCCCAAGCAUUACAAAUAAAGGUUCAUGACUUGACAUCUAGAAGCUUUCGGCUAACCUGGCCACGGGUGUUGGACCGAGUUGGAGAAGAAAGUUACCAAUUGAAGUAUACCUUAGUAUCCGAUGUACAGAGGAGCACACAGAGACUUCUACCUGCAGAUCAGACAAGUUUUGUACUGGGGAAUUUGGUCCCUAAUGCCACCUACCAAGUGACACUAACACCUGAAUCCAAUGUUAAGUUUAUACAACCACAAACUAUACGGGUCUCCACUCUGCCUGAGCCGAUCCAAAGUUUACAGCUUCGGGCUUUAGACAUAACCCCUACAAGCUUUCGUAUAACAUGGCCACGGAUGUUGAAUCAACAAGAAGACCGGUACCUUUUGGAGUAUUCCCUGGAAUCUGACUUACGCAGGAGUGUUCGGAAAAGUUUGCCUGGAAGUCAAACUGAAGUGUUGCUGGGGAACUUAAUGCCCAAUACCAACUAUAAAGUUACCCUUACCCCUGAAUCAAAUGUCCAGAUAAUCCAACCACAAACUAUACAGGUCUCCACUCGUCCUGAAAGGUACGCCCCAUUACAGAUUUUAAUAUCUGAACCUACUUCGAACAGUUUCCGGGUUAGUUGGGGUCCUCUCCUUGACGGUGUUGCCAGCUAUGAAAUCCAGUAUGGCCCUCUUCCCAGCAAUACGGUGUACAAAGUUGAAUUGGACAGUAACACAAACAGCACCGUACUGGAAAACCUAAAAACCAACACUACGUAUUUGGUGACGGUAGCUGCCAGAUUUAAAGAUGGAGCUGAGAAAGCAUUGUCAGCCAUUGCUUGCACGGAAGAGAAAGAUGUUAAAGUGCGCUACCUGCAUUUGGAGGAUCUGGGAUCUGAUCGCUUGAAGGCUACUUGGGGCUCGGCAGAUGGUGAUGUGCAGGGAUAUCGUGUGAGAUGCCGGCGGCAAGCAGGGAAUUCUGCUGUGGUUAACGUGGCUCCUCAGACCCACAGUACGGUUUUCACUGACAUUACAGCAGGGUCUAUCAACAAGAUUUGUGUCAAGCCCUUUUAUAAAGACAGAGCAGGAAAAAACCUAUGCAGGACUGUUCAUAUACAUCCAGUAACUCCCGCAGAAGGCUACCCAAUGUUGCGGACGUAGUAACGUGCAUGUGAGAGAAAUGCAGCAUUUUUAUCCCGCAAGUCUGAGACUCAAAAGACGAGCAAGCGACCACGAGAAUCUAUAUAGGAUAAGAAGUGUCUCCUAUAUUGGUAUUACUUGAAAGUAAUAGGAUCAAAAGCAUCAAUUUGUUGGAGCAAGAUGUGUGCAAGCAUUGUCUCUGAACAUUUAGGUUUGAUAUUCAUGACGGCAAGGACCCAAUUGGUUAUCGUACGUUUCAAACCAUGGUUAAUAAACCAUACAUUUUCAGUAACCACUAUCCCUCUUCACCAUCUAGUUAGUGCUUGAAACUGACAAUGCUAAGUCUCUUAUACAGGGCAGAGAUAGAAUCAGAGAACGUAUGCUUAAACCUCAGUCUGUGAUGUUCUUCCAAAAACAUAUGGUCAAAGAAUGCUGUCUCAGCAACAUUAAAGUAUUUGUUUCCACGGAGAUGGGAAUAUUGACACACAAGGAGACUAUCUGUUACAAAUGAAAAAUCUAAAAUGUCACCCUCCAUUCUGCACCCAUAAUUGUCACAAUUAUUUAAAAUACAUGUUAUUAAAUAUAUUAUGUUUAA